GGGAGCCCCUGCGCUGUGGCGAAUCUGCCGCGGCCAUAGGCGGGGGGGGGGGGGGGGGGUGUCGGUAACGGCGCCGCUGCGGGGCAGCGCGGAGGCGGCCUCGGGCGUGCGGGGGGAAGCGGCUGGAAGCGGCGGGAGGCCGGUGCGGUCGCUCCGCCGCCCCUCAGUGCUGAGCGGGAAUCCCGGUGAGGGCAGGGGGACGGCGGGGACGCCCAGAGAGACGGGACCGGCCGUUCGCGGCUCUGACGGCGCCGGUGUGAGCGUGGCCGGCUCGGCGGAGGUUGGGGGCGGUCGCCGGGCCCGGCGGGUUGAGGCGGGGGGGGGCUGCGGUGCAGCGGCCCCGGCUCGGUAAGAACGUUCCCGCCAGGGCCGGGCAGCGGGAGCAGUGAGCCCUCCCGCUCCACCCCCCCCCCCCCCCCCCCCCCGUUUUUAAAAAGCAGAUCCAACGAAGCGAAAAGAUUGUUUUUACGGGAUAACCCGAGUAACGGGAAACUGGCUAACAAGAGCCUGGGCGGCCGACCAGUAAAAACCACGCUGAGCCUCUUUGCUUUGUGCUGGUGAAGGCUCCGGGCCGGCUCGGCCGCGGAGGAGCCAUGGCCGUACCUAUCGCGGUUCUUGACUGCGACCUCUUGCUCUAUGGCCGCGGGCACCGGACUUUGGAUCGCUUCAAGCUGGAGGAUGUCACGGAUGAGUAUCUAGUAUCCACAUACGGCUUCCCCCGACAGUUCAUCUACUACCUGGUGGAUCUCCUGGGAGCCAGUCUCUCUCGCCCUACGCAGCGGUCCAGGGCCAUCAGCCCGGAGACACAGAUCCUUGCUGCGUUGGGUUUCUAUACCUCUGGCUCCUUCCAGACUCGCAUGGGGGAUGCCAUUGGCAUUAGCCAAGCCUCCAUGAGCCGCUGCGUGGCCAACGUAACCGAGGCGUUGGUGGAAAGAGCCUCACAGUUUAUUCACUUUCCUGAGGAUGAAGCUACCGUGCAGAGCCUGAAGGAUGACUUUUACGGGCUGGCAGGCAUGCCGGGCGUGCUGGGGGUGGUGGACUGCACCCACGUGGCGAUCAAAGCGCCAAAUGCUGAGGACCUGUCCUACGUGAACAGAAAGGGUCUCCAUUCUCUGAACUGCCUGAUGGUGUGUGAUGCCAGAGGAGUCCUCCUGAGCGCAGAAACGCACUGGCCGGGCAGCCUGCCCGACUGCACAGUGUUACAGCAGGCAGCCCUUACAAGUCAGUUUGAAACUGAGCUGCAUAAAGAUGGCUGGCUACUUGGUGACAGCUCCUUCUUUCUCCGAACAUGGUUGAUGACCCCUCUGCAUAUCCCCGAGACACCUGCUGAGUACCGCUACAACAUGGCUCACUCUGCCACUCACAAUGUCAUCGAGCGGACGUUCAGGACCAUUCGGUCGCGUUUCCGCUGCCUGGAUGGGUCCAAAGGCACCCUGCAGUAUUCUCCAGAGAAAUCCAGCCACAUCAUUCUGGCCUGCUGUGUGCUCCAUAACAUCUCCCUGGAGCACGGGCUGGACGUGUGGUCUUCGCCGGCCACAGGGCACAUGGAACAACCGGAAGAAGAGUACGAGCAGAUGGAAUCAAUGGACUCAGAAGCAUGUCGAAUUCGUCAGGAGCUUUUACUUACUCACUUUAGCUAAUGUUGUGACAGAGAAAAGGCUUCUAACGGUUCAUCUGUGGAGAUACACGGAGAAAAUACGCCCUUUCCUCUCCAAGUCUGUGAAGAUUAAGCAGGUGUGAGACAAGGAGAUAUUUUAAUCUCCAUUUCAGGCCAUAAUCUGAACUUCUCUCGGUCUCUCCAGAGAUGCAAUUUAAUUGCUAAAUUUUUACUGUUGUGAUGUUUAGAGUCUCCCCUUGCACCUGACUUAGAGAACAAGGACUAACGUGAGAUCGGUGGAGAAACUUGGGAAAUUGUCUUUGAUAAUGAUGAAAAAUCUGUAAGCCUUGCACUGUUUUACAGAGCAACAAUUCUAUGCCACUUUGUGACCCAAAACAGUUACAAUUGGUCUUUAAACAGUAUUUCACAAAAAUUAAAACUUCCAUCUGGGCUCAUGUCUACCAUGAA